AUGCAGGUCUUGAAUCCGGCAAUCACACAAUAUAGAGAUAGGCGCUUCGAAGGCAGCGAGACCGACUGGGAGAAUGCGCUAGCAACGAGCACAACGAUAUAUGUCGGCAACCUCGCCUUCACCACUCGCGAGGAGCAGCUGUACGAUGUGUUCGGGCGGGUGGGCCACAUCAAGCGCAUCGUCAUGGGCCUGGACAAGAUCCAGAGGACCCCUUGCGGAUUCGCCUUCGCCAUCUACUACACCAGAAAGGACGCGGAGGAAGCGGUCGCCUUCCUGAACGGCACCCUGGUGGACGACCGAGCGAUCCGUGUGGAUUUGGACUGGGGCUUCGUUGAGGGGCGGCAGUACGGUCGGGGGCGCUCGGGCGGCCAGGUGCGUGACGAGUUCCGUCAGGAUUACGACCCGGGCCGGGGCGGCUACGGCAAACUUAUGCAGGCGGAGAUGAUGGAGCAGAUGGGUAUAGGCAUGGACGCGGGUGGCGGCAGUCGGCAGGACUUCAAGCGGCAGAGGACGCAAGGCGGCCACCCAGGGCGAGCUGGCGGUGGGGGUGCCGGGGGCGGCGGUGGCGGCAGGGAUGGGGCCGGCGGGGGCCCCGGUGGUGCUUUGCAGGCGGCGGGCGGGCAGGAAGGCGAGGAGGUCGCAGGCGGAGGUGCUGGAGAGGGGCGUGAGGGGCAGCAGGAGCAGGAGCAGGGCGGCGGGGAGGCUGGUGGGGAUGCGGCAGGUGGUGCGGUGGAGGGGCACGAGGCUAAGGGCGAUGGUCAGGACGGCCAAGACAUCAUCCCGGAGGACGAGGAUGUAAUUCCGGUGCCUGCGGAUGAGCACAUAUUCGAGGGUGAUGAUGGGUUAGGGGCAUAGCGAGCCAGACAGGCUGCGUGACAUGCAGCUGGCCGGCGCGUCUCUGUGUCUCUGGAGCUGUACUUAGUGAUGUUAGGCGAUCAAGUGGACCCGCCCGCCGUGAACAUGAAAGUGAUGGUGGAAGCCGGUCCUGUCUUUCCUGUCUUGUCCGGUUUGACCGAAAUCGGGACGUGGUGACGGGAAGAGCCGCAACUGCUCGUACCGGAAAGACAUCAGCCAUCGUCGUUGGCUAAGUGCCAUAAGGGACCAGUAGAGCUUCAAGUGCGGGUGCUAGUAUUCAUGGCGGGAGAGGAUUGGUACGAGAGGAGGGCGGUGUUUGGAGGAUGCCUGGAAGAGAGGUACAUAACGGGACUUAAAUUGUUGGACAGGAGAGCUCAUUCCUGACAGACAAGCCACAAAGGAUAUUUGGCGCGCAUGCCGAUGCGAAAGGUUAACCUUGAAUGUCAUUCCCUUUAUCUAUUGCUACGUCUUGUUCAUUGCCUUGCACUCUUUUUCCGAAGACUGGCGCAGGACCCAUGGGCCGUUUUAACUCCCUGCAAUUGGCGAAUGUGGCAUCUCCGCGUCUUGAGGCUGUUGGGGAGGUAGGAUUGGGCUUUGGAGCACCAUCAACAUAUGCUGGCACUUUACCGUUACUAGGAUAUACAUCAAACAAAUG